AUGAAAUCGGCCAUCUACUGUUUCUCGUGGCAAGGGGAUCGGUACCGCGUCGGCACGGGAGAUGUGUUGGGAUGUUGCGCCAAGGAUGGGCUAAGGGCCAUCAUCCUGCGACCCCAUGGCUUUCUGGGCGCCGCCAUGGUGGCCAUCGUGCGCUUCGUGCAGAGCCAUGCGGCCGCACUGUGGCCGGAGACGAUCGUUCGAUCCAUGGCGGAAGCAGACGACUUCCUCCUCGCACAGCAGCGGAGCCGUCUGUCACACAGCGCCAGAGACAUUAGCAACUCUGCCGAGCUUGUCCUCGAGACGCCCAGCAAUGUUGCUAAGCCAGAGCCAGUUCUCGCGGAGGCAGCAAAGGCUCGACGGGGCAGAUCCAAGACCCAGGAGGACGGCUUCCAUGUGGACCUCUGGGUGCCCACGGAGCGGGAGACGAUCCAAGAUGUUGCAGAGUUGGAGAUCCCGCCUCCCAGCCGGAUGCGAUCGCUGCUCUCGCUCCGGCGAUGGCCGGAUGUGACCCCAGAGGACCUUCCCACCUUGGGCCCUGCACCCACACGGGCGCCGCCCUUGUAUCCCUGUAACCUGGAGCAGGCCAAGAUUGCGCCAUGGCUCCUGCGCCUUCCCUGUAACCUGACAGCUGCCCCGGAGUCUUUGAUGACCCCUCCCGCAGUGGUCUCUCCCGAGAAGAUUCCUGAGGAUCGGUCCUUUCCAUUCCCCAUGCAGCCACAGAUGCCCAGUAUGCCUGGGGCAGGGAACUUGGCCAAGCUGGGGAACAACUUGCCCGGUGCCAACAUGAUGAACGCAGGUCUUCCCACUGCCCCCACCGUGCCAUCGAUGCCGCGGGUUCCAACCAUGCCGGGUGUGCCUACGAUGCCAACAGCACCCAGCAUGCCUGCAAUGCCUGGCGCCUUCUUAGAGAAGAGCGCCAAGGUUGAGAAGAGGAGCUUGCGUGCAGGAAAUCAAGCCAUCAGGGAGGCCGGCGAUGCCGAGAUGACCUGCGAUUGUGAGGACUGA